CAGAUUCGUAAACACAAAACACGUCUCUCUCUUCUCUCAAUUCUCUUCCUUCCUUGGUCUCGUCUGCAAUCCUACCCAAGUCUGACAGCUUGAUCUUCAUGAAUUCAAGAGCUACUGAAGCAUCCGUGUUUCCUUGUCAAUCAGGGAACAAGAACAACCUCUUCUUCACCUGGAUUCUCUUCUGUCUGUUGCCGAAAUUCUUGGGAACCCCGUUUGCGUUUGUUAACUUCCUCUUGGUUAAGGCAAUUGACAGGAGUCCCUCUGGAGCACUAGUCUUGGCGACGUUUGGAUAGAUUAAUAUUGUUCUGAGCACUGGUCUUGGAGUUUUCGGUUUAACUGUUACAGGAGGGAUCGAUUCGGCUGCCUUUUGCAGUUAGCAUCCCUGCUUGAACUCAAUAAUGGUUUUAUCUCAGCUGCCUGAUUCGUCCAAGACCCGCAAGUGCAAGCCAAUUCAGACACAGUUGCUUUUUCCAAUGGGCCCGACAGAUGCUGUAGUUUGCGAUCACGUUGAGCUCGACUUUUCAGACGUAUUUGGUCCUGUACCAGUCCAGGCCACAGUAGACUCUGUCGAAGAUGUUGUUGACCAUAUAUACGAUGAUCCCGUCGUCAUUCACAACCGAUCACAUUCUUUGGUCGGUCCUUCAUCAUAUGUAAGCCACUCACUGAAGCUCAACAAACUCACUAUUCGUGACACAGAAGAUUCAGUGGAUCUGGUAGAGUCUCUCCAUGAAGAUACUGUGAAAGAAUCUGAGGGACCUUUUAUUGGUGAUGGGGUUGUUGGAAAACCUCUAGAAAUUGUUGAGGAGAAUUCCAUGAAAACCGAGAGCGUAGGCAUUGAAGAUUUUGAGGUUUUGAAGGUUGUUGGGCAGGGAGCAUUUGCAAAAGUAUAUCAGGUGAGGAAGAAGGGGACAUUAGAAAUAUAUGCUAUGAAGGUCAUGCGAAAGGAUAAGAUCAUGGAGAAGAACCAUGCUGAAUACAUGAAAGCUGAAAGGGAUAUAUUAACUAAAGUUGAUCAUCCGUUCGUAAUCCAGCUUAGAUACUCAUUCCAAACCAAAUACAGACUAUACCUUGUGCUGGAUUUUGUCAAUGGAGGUCACCUUUUCUUUCAGCUCUACCACCAUGGCCUUUUCAGGGAGGAGCUGGCACGAAUAUAUGCUGCUGAGAUUGUUUCUGCAGUAUCUCACCUCCAUGCAAAUGGCAUAAUGCAUAGGGAUCUUAAACCUGAAAAUAUCUUAUUGGAUGCAGAUGGCCAUGCCAUGUUGACUGAUUUUGGGUUGGCAAAGAAAUUUGACGAAAAUACAAGAUCUAAUUCUCUAUGUGGAACUGUAGAAUACAUGGCGCCUGAAAUACUUCAGGGAAAGGGCCAUGAUAAGGCAGCAGAUUGGUGGAGUGUGGGAGUUCUAUUGUUUGAGAUGCUUACUGGAAAGCCUCCUUUUACUGGGAACCGUCAGAAAAUUCAACAGAAGAUAGUCAAGGACAAAGUCAAGUUGCCGACCUUUUUAACAAGUGAAGCACAUUCUCUGUUGAAAGCGCUACUAGAGAAGGACACAAGCAAGCGCCUAGGUUGUGGACCUCUGGGAAGUGAUGAAAUCAAGCGUCACAAAUGGUUCAAGCCAAUUAAUUGGAAGAAAUUGGAUGCUCGGGAAAUCCAACCUAGCUUCCGACCUGAUGUUGCUGGGCACCACUGCAUUGCCAACUUUGACAAAUGCUGGACUGACAUGCCACUUGUGGACUCCCCAGCUGCUAGUCCGAAUGCUACUGGAAACCCCUUCUCAGGCUUUAGUUAUGUUAGGCCUGCAGCCUCUUUUCUUCAGAAUUAGCUCCCCUAUGUACCAAGUUCGGUUGUCUCCCUGAUACAAGCUUUCAAUCUAUGUUUUCCUUUCUUUCCCACACGAACUUGAUUAUAACAACUCUGUGUGUUGCUGGAGAGCAGUAAUAAAGAUAUUCUCUUCU